CAACAAUAACGGGAGAAACAGCUAAAGGGUACACAAGUCCAACGGAGAUGUGGAGGCGCGUGGCUUCGCUUUCUUCUUUCAUUUCAUCCUCCUCCAGCUCAUCCUUCGUUGCCCAGACAGCGUCUAGACUGAACACUUGGGAAUCAUUAACAACAGGGAUCCCCCAUCAGGAAAAUGGUGUUAGCGUCCCCAAAGAGAAAAAUCCUUUCAUAACUUUUGUCCUAGGUGGUCCCGGUAGUGGAAAAGGUACUCAGUGUAUAAAGAUUGUUGAGACCUUUGGAUUCAAACAUUUGAGUGCCGGAGAUUUGUUAAGAAGAGAAAUAGCUUCUAACAGUGCCGAUGGUGCCAUGAUUCUUAACACAAUUAAAGAAGGAAAAAUCGUCCCGUCACAGGUGACCGUCAAACUGAUACAAAAGGAGAUGGAAUCAAGUGGCAGCAACAAAUUUCUCAUCGAUGGCUUCCCACGUACUGAGGAGAACCGAGUGUCAUUCGAACGAAUUAUUGGUGUAGAGCCAAAUGUUGUACUUUUCUUUGAUUGCCCAGAAGAAGAAAUGGUGAAACGUUUGCUGAAUCGUAAUCAGGGCCGAGUUGAUGACAACUUGGAAACAAUAAAAAAACGCCUAAAAGUUUUCGAGGCAUUGAGUCUUCCAGUUAUUAAUUACUACUCUCAUAGAGGAAAGCUCUAUACGAUCAAGGCAGUAGGAACAGAAGAUGAAAUAUUCGAACAAGUUCGUCCUAUCUUUACUGCCUUCGAGCAGGCCGUUAGAUGAGGUUCUUAUGAAACAAGAAAAUCACAAGUUUUUGCCCAUUAUGUAAAUACAGAAACGAACAAAAGGCAGAUGUUGUUUGUUAUUUUUUUUUAUACCGAGAGAA